AUGGGUCUAGAUGGUAGUGAUGAUGUACCUGGCAAGGGUCAGUCUUCUAGUAGUUGGAUUUUAUUGGAUGCUACAGGCCAAGGGUUGAUUAUGGAGAUGGAUAAAUGUGAUAUCAUGCAUAGGGUGGAGAUUGAUGCACGUGAUCUUAGAAUUCUUGAUCCAUUGCUUUCUUACCCUUCUACAAUUUUCAGUCGUCACAAGCUUAUUGUUCUUAAUUUCGAGCAUAUCAAGGCAAUUAUCACCUCUGAAAAGGUAUUUUUGCGAGAUCCAAACAAUGAAAAUGUGGUCCCUAUCGUUGAGAAACUGCAGAGGCAAUUGUCUAAACUCAGUGUCACUCAUCAACAACAAGAACAAUAUCUCAGCGCUUUGCCUUUUGAGUUUCUUGCAUUGGAGGUAGCUUUAGAAGCCAUUUGUAGUUUUCUUGCUGCACGCGCAAUGGAGUUAGAGAUAGAUGCUUAUUCCGCAUUAGAUGAACUUACCUCCAAGAUUAGUACUCGUAGUUUGGACAAAGUUCGUAAACUAAAGAGUGCAAUGAAAAGAAUGAGUGCUAGGGUUCAAAAGAUUAGAGAUAAGCUUGAACAAUUGUUGGAUGAUGACAAUGAUAUGGCUGACCUAUACUUGUCAAGAAAGGCUGAUUCGGCGUCACCGCUCAGUGGAUCAAAUGUGUCUAGAGCAAGUUGUGGAGAUGAAAAUGAUAUGGAUGAGCUUGAACAGUUACUCGAGACUUAUUUCAAGCAAAUUGAUGGCACAUUAAACACCUUGACCACACUGCGAAAGUAUAUCGAUUAUACAGAUGACUACAUUAAAAUUCAACUUGACAACCAUCGCAAUCAACUAAUUCAGUUAGACAUGUUUCUGGCCACCGGAACUCUUUGCCUAUCUGUCUACUGUCUGGUGGCUGGUAUUUUAUGCAUGAACAUACCAUAUACUUGGAAUGACGACCAUGACUACAUGUUCAAAUGGGUAGUUAUUGUGGGAGGAGUAUUUUUUGCUAUUAUGUUUCUCAUGAUUACCCUCUUUGCUGGCAAAAAAGGAUUGCUUGGAACAUGA